AUGUCAUUUGAAGAUGAUUAUUCAUCUGGUGAUUUAAAUGAUAUAAAUAAACCGUAUUUGACGCGUGAAAAUGUACAAUUAUCUUUUCUCUAUCAAGAGGAUUACAUUAUAAAAAAGAGAACAUAUCAACAACAAUAUGCAAAUAUCUAUUUUUUACGUCUUGUUCAUAUUAGACCAAAGAUUGUUCAUAAGGCACAAGAAAAGUGGGAUGGUAUUUUUGUUAAAAAAAAAAAAGUAAAACGCGCAAGUCGUUUGUUAGAUAUUGUUCAUGGGGAAAUAUGUUGGAUUAUUGGGACGGUUUAUAUUGAUGCACCUUUGAAGCCAAAUAUUUUAAAAGAUAUUAAAAAAGAUUACUGGAUGAUUUCAUCUACAAAUGAAAAAUAUAUUGAUUCUACGAAUAAUGAUGUAAUAUUGGAAGAUGAAUAUGGAAGAAUUCGUCUUGUAGGACCAAAAAUACUUCAAGAAUUUUUAGUUACAGGAUGUGUUAUUGGUGUAUUGGGGUUUGAAACUCGAAAUGGAAAUUUUCAAGUAAUUGACAUUUGUUUUCCUGAAUUACCAUAUCAAAGUCUAAUACCUAAGGAAAUUGAUACUAAGACUAAUAAAUAUGUCGCAUUUGUUUCCGGGCUUAAUAUAACAGAUAAAACUUGCAAUUCAUUAACAUUAUUACUUCUUAGUGAAUAUUUGACAGGGGAAAUUGGUGGCCGUAAGGAUCAAAUAGCUAGCUCCCAAAUAGUUCAAUUUAUUAUUGCAGGGAAUUCUAUAGGGUCAUCGAAAAAUAAUAAUGAAUUUGAUAAAAAGAAAACAUAUAAUAAUACUUUUACAUAUAAUCCUAUACCGAUAAAAAUGCUAGAUACAUUUCUUUCAAAUAUAUGUGUUACAACAUCUACAAUACUUAUGCCUGGGGAAUCGGAUCCAUCAAAUGUUUUAUUGCCUCAACAACCAAUUCAUUUUUCAAUGCUUCCAAAUGCCAAGCAUUAUUUUGGGUCUACAUUAACAAUUUGUACAAACCCUGCAUGGAUAGAGAUAGAUGGAAUAAAAUUUUUUGGAUCUAGUGGACAAACGAUUAACGAUAUAUACAAAUAUACUGAUAAAAUUGAUAAAUUAACAAUUAUGGAAUAUACAUUGAGAUGGCAACAUUGUGCACCAACAGCACCUGAUACUUUAUGGUGUUAUCCAUUUUCUGAAAAGGAUCCAUUCGUUAUGUUAGAAGCUCCUCAUGUAUAUUUUCUUGGAAAUCAAGAGAAAUUUGAUACGAAAUUUAUUGAAGGUGAAAACGGACAGAAAAUACGUUUAAUCACUCUUCCAGUAUUUAGUGAGACUGGAUCUAUCGUCUUAUUAAAUCUCUCAACACUCGAAUGUGAACAAGUGAAAUUUAGCAUUCAUAGUAUAAUGUCUAAUGUCUAA